AUGUCGACGAAUCCUCAGUGGAGUAAAUUCCAGCCGCCAAUUAUGAAUUCGGAUCCAUCGAUUCUCGAUUUUAAAACAUUAUCAAAUAUAAAUGACGAUCAAUCAAAUUAUCGGGGACUCAAUAAUUCGUUUCAGGCCUCGAUGGGGAACAAGGACGCAUCGAAUUUACUAUUUGGAAAACCCUCGUCGAUGCCUUUUAAUUUCAAUACGUACAAUGGAAGUUCAACAAUGACAUUCCCGAUCGGGACAUUUUCCCUGUCUGAACAACAACGAUCGACCGGGAAUUCAUCCGUGUAUGCCGUGAACGGGGAUUUGUUCGGUUCGAACAACGUGACGUCAUCGAACAUGUCUUCUUCUUCUUCUUCGUCUGUUGUUGUUGCUCCUGCUGCUGCUGCUAACAAUUCACAAUUCGAUUCGGGUACGACGGGUACGAACUCAAACACAAAUUCAAAUUCUAACAAUGACGUAUCAGAUUCAAAUGCUGCCAAUCAGGGAAUAAGGGAGACUGGAAUUAUUGAAAAAUUAUUGCACUCUUAUGGUUUUAUUCAAUGUUGCGAAAGGCAAGCUCGUCUAUUUUUUCAUUUUAGUCAAUUUAGCGGAAAUAUCGAACAUCUUAAAAUAGGGGAUCCCGUCGAAUUUGAAAUGUCUUACGAUCGUAGAACUGGAAAACCCAUUGCGAGCGCCGUUUCGAAAAUAGCUCCAGAAGUGGUCAUGAGUGAAGAGAGAGUGACGGGAACCGUGACGACGGAAAUAAAAACGGAAGGCACCGGUCAAGAGUUACAAGGUAGAAUAAGUUACGAAAAUCGAGGUGAAUGUUUUUUUUUGCCUUACAACAAAGAUGACGUCGAGGGUCACGUGACGUUAAAAUCUGGAGAUAAAGUUAGUUUUCAAAUAGCAGCUAAUCAAAGAGGAAAUUUGGGAGCCUGUCACAUACGUUUAGAAAAUCCUGCUCAUCCAAUUAAAUAUCAGGGAGUAGUUUGUUCGAUGAAAGAAAGUUUUGGAUUCAUCGAAAGAGCGGAUGUCGUCAAAGAAAUUUUCUUUCACUUUUCCGAGGCCAAAGUAGGAGCUGGAGAUGAAUUACGUUUAGGAGAUGAUGUACAAUUUUUUAUUCAAACGAGAAACGGAAAAGAAGUCGCUUGCAGUAUUUCCCGCCUCGAACCCGGAUCCGUUGUCUUUGAAGAUGUUUGUACCGAAAUAGUCAAGGGUCAGGUAUUGAAGCCGUUGGAAAGAGGGCCUCAUGCCAGGUUGCAAGAAGAUGCGUUGCCCGGUCGGAUACGUUAUCGAGCUCCCGAUCAUUCGGAAGUUGAAAUACCAUUCGGAGAAAAAGAUCAAUGCGGGGAUUUUACUCUAAGGCACGGUGAUUGGGUGCAAUUUAGAAUCGCUACGGAUCGGAGGGACCAACUUCAGAGAGCCGUUAAUAUUUCGUUAAUGGAAGAAUCGUUUUUGGUGUCGGGAGAGCGUCGGGAACAAGGGAUAAUUUGUUCUUUGAAAGACGGUUUCGGAUUUAUAAAAUGCGCGGAUCGCGACAUGAAAGUUUUUUUUAACACAAACGAAAUUUUAGACGUGGAAAAAGAAGCUCAGGUCGAUGACGAAGUCGAAUUUACCAUAGUUCAAGACACUCUUUCGAGUUACAGUAAUCCGAACAACAAACAAUCAGCCAUUAGAAUAAAACUAUUAGAUUCAGGUACGGUGAAAUUUGAAACUUUGGUAGAAGAAAAUUUAACCGGUGUCAUCGCCAAAGAAGCGAAAAUGUGGAAUUGUAAAAGUCCAACCAAAACGUCCCCCGGUAGAGAAGAUAGAUCUCCCGAACCUGGAAUAAUUAAUUACGAACAAGGUGAUACAAAAAAAUCAAUUUCGUACUGUCACAAUGACGGCGACGACACGAAAAUGUCGCCACGUUUGGGAGAUAAAGUCGAAUUUAACGUUGUUCAGGUCAAGAGAAACAAAAAGUUCCUAGCCGUAGACAUCAAAGUAGUUUCGAGCAAAAAUCAAUUAAAAGUCGUUAACGGAACGAAUAAUAAUAAUAAUAAUAAUAAUAAUAAUAGUAGUAAUAGUAAUAAAAAGGGUAAAGGUACGCCUUGUCAAGGUUUCAUAGCUGCUUUAAAAGAUGGUUUCGGAUUCAUCGAAACCAUAAGUCACGACCAAGAAGUUUUUUUUCAUUUCAGUAAUUUUGACGGUGAUCCUGAAAAGUUGGAAUUGUGUCAGGAAGUCAUGUAUAAUUUAGGGAGUCGAAGCACUUCGGGGAGUUGCAUGUCGGCGGAAAAUGUUAAAUUACUACCCAAGGGAACGAUUCCGGCUCCCGUUUGUUCAGGUCCGACUCUCGACGGCGUCGUCGUACGUCCUCUGAGAUGUUUCAAUCCGGAUCAAUCACAUUAUGCAGGUUUGAUACAGUGCGUGUCCAACGUGCAACCUUCGUCAAAUAGCGGAACUCAAACAACUCCUCCUCCUCCACCACCCACAAAAUCCACAUCCGGCGACGAAGAAAAAUUAUCAGAGUACGAAUUUGGAAUUCUCGGAUUGAUGAACAAGCGGGAAUUGCUUCAGUCGGGUGAUCCGGUUCAGUUUCAAGUUGAUUCGGAAGGUCGUGCAGGAAACAUUGUUGCCUUGCGUAAGAAAAUAAAAACGACCGUGGAUGCGGUCAAAGGUCAUUUCGGUUUCUUAUCAUACGCGGUCGAAGAUGGGAAAAAUCUUUUCUUUCGUAUGACGGAAGUUAAAGAUGGAGCCAUGUUGCAACCGGGAGACACGGUCGAAUUUAAUUUAGUGACCAAUCACCGAAACGGAAAGACUUCAGCAUGUAACGUCACCAAAGUCAGUAAAAAUCAGGCAAGACCGGAAAGAUUGAUAAGCCGGCUAAGAACAAUAUCUCUCGACGAAGGAGGUCGUAAGUUGACGGUAGUGAGACAACCCAAAGGACCGGAUGGCACAAAAGGUUUUAGCAGCACGGCAAGAAGUCCAAGAUCUCCAGGAACUCCGGUUACAGACUAA